UCUUCAUCAGCCGAAGACUUUUGCAAUAAACUAACUAUUUUUCAUCCUCCCUUGAAUUUCCCUUGAUGCAGAUUAACGCGUUUUCUUAGCUUGAAUUCAUCGAUCUUGAUCAUUUUAGAAGGCCACAAGGAGGUAUUAUCAUUUUUUUUUCUGCAAUAUUGGUUUCUCAUUGUGUGGAAAUACUAGAACUAAACUAACCGCUUGUGUUUUUGUGGAUCUAGCUCAACUUAUCAAAUGUCUGAAAUAGACGUUUUCAUUUCUUUCCGUGGGACGGAUCGUCGAUCGGAGAAGUGUAGAUAUUUGAUAGAAUGUCUCCGUGAAGAAAUAAUUGAAAAUGGAAAACGGUUAUUAAAGCUUCUUGAAGAACGAAAACCGUGGUAUACUUAUGAACCUCUGAUGGAACGAGUGCAUUGCCCUUGGAAAAAUAAUGCCAAGGAAACCCGUUGCUUUGAGGAUAACUUGUUUUUUGAAGCUGAAAAUCUAUGCUCACGCAUGGAAGGUAUAAUCAAGGCUCCACUCUGCACAGAUAAUGUUGAAUAUCACAGCACAACACAGAGCCACACGAAAUGGAGUACAACUUAUGAGCUUCUUAGUCUGAGUAGUUUCUGUUACAUGGACAUGAAAAAUCAAAAGGUGAAUCAAAGAAACACCUCAGAAAACGAGUUAUUGGAGGGUAUCAAUGAACCAUAUGAUGGUAAUAACACUCUACACAAUACUAUAGCAUUAAAUACUUCCCAACUGCAUUACAAUUUCACAGGUUGUGAUCUAAACAACAAUAGCGAACUCUUCAGUCAUGAAAAACGCAAGAGAAUCGUACAUAAUGUUUCAUCUACUGUGAUGGCGUCCACUGUUUUUCUUUGGGUUGCCAUGGAAAUCUGCAGCCAGUUAUCAAUCAUCCAGCUUCAGCCAAAAUCUGGCACCAUUUUGUUUUUAUCCACAUUUCUGAAGCUCUUCGGUUUCAUGGCUUAUAUAUCAGCUACUGCAGCGAUGAUUGUUAAUGGUGCACCAUUCUCUAGCAUGCAGAGCAUUAUGCUCAUGUUUUGGGCAAUUUUUAUGCUUGUCAAUUCUGCAAAAUCACUCACAGAAGUGUACCUUCCAAUAUUGGGAAUCAUUUUCACAGGCUCUUUAUGUGCUCGUGCCAAGUAGCCACCACCACACUCACAUGAAGGUCAACAAUGAAAAAAUUUAAGAAGCUGAGCUUCUAACUUAAACCAAUCCUAUAUAUAUAUAUAUAUAUAUGAGUUUAUCUUCUGCGUGCUAGUGUUUAUGUUGCUAUCUAACAUGCGCCUUGAUGUUGAGGGUGCAUCCAUGGUCCAACAGCUUAUAGCCAUAGAUUUUGUUUGAAAUAACUUAAACUUUAAAUAACAAAUAAAUCUAUGACUGUAAAGGUUGUUCCAUUCCCCAGACUCAAGGUGCAUUUAGAACCCCGUGUGUUUGUUCUUCUUGUUUGUGUCAAUAAUUCAUAGGCGAAACACCGUACUUUCGGUGCAGUGCUGUACUGUAUUGCUGUUGGAUUUUACUUUCUUAACAUUAUGUUGAAAAAUUUCAUAUUCCAAUGAUUUAAUAUGUGCAAAUACCAUA